ACCACAGGACUAGACAACGAUAGAUCUUGAAAUAGUGAAACCCUAUUCUAAACUGAUAAGACUGUCUGCAGAUAACCAAAUCCGAAGAAUGUCAUUUUACCACAUUUUUCGUGCGCGGCUUGUACAAGUUCAAUGGCUGUUAAUCUUAGUGAUUAGUGUCAACCUAACAGCAUUAAGUGUCGCAAGCCGAUGGACCAGUUUAAGUCGAACGUUUCAGAAUGAAUCUAGUCCGAUCAACUUGGAAGCAUUUCCGGGCGAGCUGUGCAUGAGAAGCUGUGAGGAUACCCUACCACGCGUGUGCUACUUCAAUUGGGUGCUCGAGCACUACCACUCGAUGGGACCUGCCUGCAAACGAUGCGCGACCGGAACUCGCAGCGACUGCUACCAUCACGCCUGUCUGACGGCGGACGGCAUCGAGCGAGGUGUUAUGUCCAUCAACCGCCAGAUACCGGGCCCAGCGAUACAGGUCUGCAAAGAUGAUCUGAUAGUGGUGGACAUGACAAACGCCAUGGGCGGAACGGCAACCACCAUGCACUGGCAUGGUCUCCAUCAGAGAGAGACCCCCCACAUGGACGGGGUUCCAUUCAUAACGCAAUGUCCCAUCGAGUUCAUGAGUACAUUCCGGUAUGCUUUCUGGGCUACGGAACCGGGAACGCAGUUCUAUCACUCUCACGCUGGUCAUCACAAAGUUAACGGCCACUACGGCGCUAUGAUCGUUCGGCAGCCGGAAGCUAGCGAUCCCAAUGCGGAUCUGUAUGAUUUCGAUUUACCGGAACAUUUGAUUUUAGCAUCCGACUGGAUGCACGUGGAUGGUGAAAUGUUCAUGCCGGGCCUUCCAUCCGGUGGAGGGAUUCUCCCGGUGAAUCUGUUGAUCAACGGCAGAGGGACGUUUACUAGAGAAAAUGGAACCAGGACAAACGUUCCCCGGGAGGUGUACCGAGUGCGCAAGGGAGGCCGUUAUCGGUUUCGAUUCAUCAAUGCCGCCAGUCACGUAUGCCCACUGGAGUUACAGAUCGGCAACCAUAUACUUGAGAUAAUUGCCAGCGAUUCAUAUAAUCUACAGCCGAUCAGUGUCAAUACACUCGUGACGACGUCUGGCGAGCGGUACGACUUUGUCGUGAAUGCAGAUCAACCGAGUGACGACUAUUGGAUUCGCGUACGAGCAAUCGGACCCUGCAAUGACAGACAACUUUACCAAUUCGCCACGCUCUCGUACCAGUCCCUAUCCGUUCCUGAAGAGGAUAUCGCCUUCCUCGACAAACAAACCCCGGACUUCCACGAUUCCUUGUUUUCAACCGCAGUGUAUGCAAAUCACCCAAAUACCACUUGUGGAGUUUCGAAACCGGAUGUCUGCGUCACAGACUUUGAGGCAUACGAAACCGACGAUGACAUCAUCAAUGGCACUCCCUAUGAGAGGUUCAUUCUUGGUUUCGAAAACUAUCCGAUGAAAUUUUCAACCGCUUUCGGCGUCAAUAGUCAUGAACAUUUCAUGAACAUUCAAGGCGACGUCGUCCUACAAGGAGCCAUCAAUAACAUCAGCUUCACAUAUCCACCUUUUACGCUCCUAACGCAAACGGAACUCAUCACCGACGAUUUAUUCUGCGACGAAGGCAUGUGGCCAGAUCGAUGUCAAUCCCGAGAUCACUGUACCUGCAUCCAUCGGUUGAAAAUCCCACUGAACGAACUAAUCGAACUGUACAUUCUCGAUCUGACACCGGAGGUCAACGACCUGAAUCACCCCUUCCACCUGCACGGCUAUCAGAUGUACGUGAUGGAAAUGGGUCAAAACCGCUCGACACCGAUCACGGUGGAACGUGCACAGGAGAUUGCCCGGGUUCAGUCGCUUAGACGAACACGGGUUACGACGAUGCCACCGAAAAAGGACACCGUGUCGGUUCCAAGCAAGGGCUACACCCGAGUUCGCUUCCGGGCCGAUAAUCCCGGAUUCUGGCUGAUGCACUGCCACUUCGAAUGGCAUACGGCCGUCGGAAUGGUGCUGGUUUUGCAGGUAGGCGAACCGGACAGUUUUGUCAAACCUCCACCGGGAUUUCCGACUUGCAACAAGUACACACCGGAUGUGGAUGGAUCGCUGUUCAACGUUUGAGUUGCAGCUGCAGAUCAGCUAGGCGUACUGUUGUUAUUUAUUGGUUUUAGGA